AUGUCUGCUCAUUAUGAUACCGAACCUCCUCCAACAGCUUCCGCUACGCUCCAUACCACCGCCGGGCCGAUACACAUCUCGCUAUUCGCCCGCCAAACACCACUGGCUUGCCAAAACUUCCUCCAACAUUGUCUAGACGGAUACUACGAGGGCACCACAUUCCACCGCGUGGUUCCUAAUUUCAUCAUCCAGGGUGGUGACCCCACCGGCACUGGCUCUGGAGGUUCAUCUAUUUACGAAUACCCGGAGUUCGAAUACGAUCCGCGUGAUGGCGAGAAGGUCGUGUUUAAAGAUGAGGUUCACAGUCGACUACGGUUUAAUAGGCGUGGGUUAGUGGGUAUGGCGAAGAGCGAGGAUGGGACUUAUGGGAGCCAAUUCUUCGUUACACUGGCAAAUGCAGAGCGAGAGCUGAAUAAAACAUGUACGAUGUUUGGCAGGGUGGAAGGGGAAAGCAUCUAUAAUGUUGCAAGUAUUGCAGAGGCGGAACUGAUAGAAGGAUCGGAUAGGCCAGUUUACGCAGUGAAGAUUACAGGGUGUGAGGUUGACCAACUGGGGCCGUUUGAGGGGCAAUUGAAGCGGAGGGAACGUAUUGCUGUUGCGGACAAGAAGACGGAGGAAGGGCCAGUGAAGGGGAAGAAGAAGAAAAAGGCCAAGGUGGGAAAGGCGUUGCUGAGUUUUGCGGCCGACGAGGACGAAGGGGAAGCCAUUCUACCCACUAAGCCUAAAUUCAACACGCGACUAGUCAGGGAAGAGGAGGAAGCUGCCUCGGUUGCGAAGAAGCAGAAACAAGACGAGAAGAGGAAGGAUGCACAACAACGAGAACCAGCUCCAGAGCUUCCUCGUAAGAGCUCAGCUACAAAACCGGUACCUCGAGAACCAGAUCCAAACACCCAGCUCCCAUUACCAAACGCCGAAUCACCGUCCCGCCCUGCAUCUCCCUCAAGCUCGAUAUCAGAAUCGCCGCCACCUCGCUCCCGUCGUCAAUCAUUGCUUUCCAAAACCAAUGCGGAAAUUGCCGCACUUAAAGCGUCUAUGAGGCGAAGUACGGCUGUUGCACCCGUAGAGCCGGCAAGAAAGAAAUCAGCCCUUGAGUCACUUAUACCGGAAACGUCGAUACGUGGUGCUAGAAAGAGAUCGGCUGCUGGAAACUCUUCACAGGAUGCAGUUGCAUUCGAUAUGUUCAAAGCGUUCAAGGCCAAGCUUGAAAAUGCAGAGACAUCGUCAUCUAAGAAAUCGCGACGACAUCAUACAUCUACUGACGAUACCCCCUCCCAGCCGGAGAAAGGCAAAAGUAUAGAAAAGAAGCAAGAGCAAGACGGCCAGGACGAUGAAGAGGAACAGGUCUGCGAUCUUCAUUUCGUUGUGGGCUGCCAGUCAUGCCGGUCUUGGGAUGCCCCCGAAGUAGACGAGCCAAGGGCGGGUACAGAUGAUGACGAUGUAGGCUGGAUGACACAUACGCUGCAAUUCGGCAAAGAUACACUUGGAAAAGACCUGAAUUGGAAACGAUCACAUCAGCAGAAUGAUGACUUGGUAGUUAUUGAUCCGCGGCAGAAGGAGAAAGAGAUAACUGGCGGCACUGGUGGGAGGAAGAGAGAGCGAGAAAGGAAGAGGAAGCUCGAGACAGGACAGGAUAGGGAGUGGGACCGAGAGUCGAAGAAGUCAGGGAGUAAUCGUCCUUGA